AUGGUCACUUUCUCCAAGCGCAAGAGUGGUAUUUUUAAGAAGGCGCUCGAGUUGUCAAUUCUGUGUGGCAUUCAGAUUGCCAUCAUUUUAUUCUCUCCAGGUGGUAACCCUUUCACUUUUGGUUCUCCAAGUGUGGAGGCUGUGGUCAACAAUUUCCUUUAUCUGAGGGAUGAAGAACAAGAUAUAUAUGAGCCUUCGCAAAAUUAUGUGGUUUACCAGAUCAAUCAACAAAUUGAGUAUUUGAAGGACCGGAUUCAGAUGGCCGCUGAGAAGAUGGAGGUGGUUCGUAAUGAUUUGAAAAACUUGGAUCCACUUGAAGGAAAUAAUGCAAAUUUAGAGGAGCUUCAGAAGAUGAAGACUUUACUGAUUUAUUUACGUGAUUCUAUUGAUCAACAUUUGCACUAUGGCAAGGAUGCCUGGGAAAUCCUCAGGGUGGCUCAUGAAGGGACUACAAGAGUGAGAGUGUCAAGGCUUCAACUUCUCACUACUCAACUUGAGAACCUGAAGAUGAAGGAGGAUGAAACUGUAUCUGAAUUUCAUAUGAGGGUGCGAGACAUGGCAAAUGCAUCAUUUGCGCUGGGAGAACAAAUGUCUGAAGAAAAGCUUGUCAGAAAGAUUCUCAGGUCCUUACCUAAGAGACUUGAUAUGAAGGUUACAACUAUUGAGGAAGCUGAGGAUAUUGGCAAUAUAAAGGUUGAUGAACUCAUUGGUUCUUUGCAAACCUUUGAGAUGUCUCUUAAUGAAAUAUCAUAUAAGAAGAAUAAAAGCAUAAAAUUUGUGUCAAAUACUGAAGAUGAUGAGUAA